AAGGGAGUUGGAACACCUCCUUCCUGAAUGCAGCUUUUUCUUCCGACAAAAUAAACAAAAGUGGAGAAUUCAUUCCGAUCGGUGAAAAUAGGGAAGAAGCGUGCUCAGAAAUCGAAAUUUGUUUUUGAAAAGUUUUCUGGAAAGUAGAUAUGUCGAUAAGCAAUCCCAGUUCGCCGAUUUCGCGGAGUCCUUUAGUGGACAAAACGCUUGACGUAUAUCUCAAUAACAAACGUUCCCGCGAAUGCCUUCAGUGGGGAUCUAUCAACAUCGUUCUUUUGUCGAUUAUUUUCUUCGAUAUCUCCAGCAAAUGCCCGUAUUCUUUCUCCCAGUGGUAUUAUCUGGAAUAUGCAGCGGCGGGUAUACUCUCAUGCAGCGCAUUAUACUAUUUCGCUCGUUAUUUCUACUAUAUAUUCAGCAAAGAACCGUUAACAGGAACGGAAAAUCAACGCAAACUUCUGAAAUUUGAGGUGAAUGACAAAUCGUUUAUAAUAAAGACACCUAAGUCGAAAAGUAAACUUGAUACGAACACCACUCCAACAAAUGUAUUGUCGGUUAGUUUGCAUUCGUUCAACAAUAGUGGUCUCACGGCUACUUCGCCGGGUUGGGUUUACAAUCGCGGAAGCACACCUCAGACCCCGAUUGACCGAAAUGCCUCAGCGCAGAAUUACUCAUUUGAGGCUUCAUUCAAUGCAAGUCCCAACACUUCGUCACAUUUCUCUCCUUCACUCCGGAGGGCGGCCAACAAAGCGGACUUCAUUGUGGACGAGAAGGGUUUGCAGCAUUAUCUCAGGGAAGUUUCUAACGAAGAGAAGAAUAAUAGUUCUUACCUAGAAAAACUGAAUACAUCUGCGAGCGGAAUGAACUCAUUCUGGAAUAGUUAUAAGAUGGAUGAUAUGUCCAAUCUUCUGAAAACGUCUCUCUAUCAACUUUCACCUUCGGCUCCGCCUAGCAAACAAAUAAUUAAGGAGCACGAAAGUGGGUCAUACAAUCCAAUUGAUCCGGAUGUUAGCUCUGAGGUACUGAACAAAGUGUCAUCCGUACAACUUUCAAAUUACGUAGCAAAUCUGAGGAUGUGGAUAUCGCUAACAAUUCUCCAACGAAUAGUCUCGGAAAUGGAGAGCAUCGAUGCUUCUUUCAAGAACCGUGGUUUUUCGGACAUUCAGCUUGGCAGCGUAGGAUUGGAAAGGUUGAAGAAAACCGCCGAAAAUCAACAUUUGGUAACGAUGUACAUUCCGAGAUUACCACUUCUGAUUCCUUUCCUCGAGAUGUCCACCAAUCAAGAAUAUCUAGUCCAACGAAUUCGUGAUCUCUCUAAGGGGAGCUGCAUAACAGAUUACCGUUGGAAUUCCGGCUCGUCCUACAAGGGACUCAACUGGGACGAACACUUACCCACGGAUUCUGCUGUUAUUUUCCAUUUGUUCUGCACAUACAUGGAUAGCCAGCUGCGGCCACUACCUCAGCCCGGUGGUCGUCCGUUUUAUCAUCGAUACGUCGUUAUGGCCGAUAAGACCAGUCCAAAGGAAACACUGCUAGAAGUAAAAACCAAGAACAAAGCUAAAUGUGCCAUAUUGUGCACGAAUCCGAUGAAGCCAAAGUUCAACUUCAUCUCGGAUGAUAAAAUACACACCUGUGCUCACGAUCGCAACAACCUUUACUAUGUUAUAAUUCAGUUUCUUAUUUAUAUGAAAAAUAAUCAUGAAGGUUUAGUGGAGGGCAUCAACCUCGGGAAGAGUGGUAUCAACAUCUUGUGUGUUCUUGAAGACUAGCUUGGAAUUGCUCACAGCAAUGUGUUUUCAAAUGUUACAUAAAAUAUUUUUUAUUCAUAUACAUUCAUUAAUUCCGAAAACCCUGAAUAAUGAAAGUAAUGCUGAACAAUAUUA